UCUUAGAUGGCACAGCGGUAACGAAAACUUAGCAGGUGGCCCCCAUUGGACGCUCAUUCGGCUCCGACAAGGCUGCAGUCGUUCAUGGUCUUGUUUGGUCAUAUCACAUGGAUUGUGUACCAGAACUUCAUAUCCAUCCAAUUGGCAUGCGACUCAACUCCUGCAUGAGCAUGGCUCAACUGCCUCGAAUGGUCCAGCUGAGUUGUUCAUCGCCAAUGUGGUAGGCACAAUCAAUGUAGUCAUAUCACCAUGAAGCAUGGCGCUUCCGUAUCAGAGGAGGAAGUACUGUGCAUGAAUACGUCGUCGGCCAUUGAACCCCAUUCUAUCACUGCUCUACUGCAACAACGAUCGCCACGAUGCUUUCCAAAUCUAGCCUGACAUGUAUACUGCUUCUCUGUCUCGUUACCCGCCCUAUUGCGGCGUUCAGCAUGUCAUCAAACCAGAAUCUGGCUGUCUACUGGGGUCAGAAUUCGUAUGGAGCUGUGAAUUCAGCCGAUACUGCAAAUUGGCAGCAGACGAUCUCUUACUAUUGCAAUGAUAACGUGAUCAACACCUUUCCGAUAGCCUUUCUAGACGAGUUCUACUCGACGGGCAAUCUCCCGUCCAUCAACCUUGCAAACACUUGCAACACCUCCGAUGACCCUGUUUUUGCAGGGACGAGCCUCCCAGAUUGCUCAUUCCUCGCAUCGGGUAUUGAAGCUUGCCAAGCUGCUGGAAAAAUCGUCACUAUCUCGCUGGGAGGAGCAACAGGUUCCAAUGGCUUUGCAAACGAUACCCAAGCAGCGGCAUAUGCCCAGACAAUUUGGGAUCUUUUCUUGGGAGGUUCGAGUAGCACGCGUCCCUUUGGGUCCGCUGUUCUGGACGGCAUUGACAUGGACAUCGAAGGUGGCUCUCAGACUGGAUUUGUAUCUUUCUUGACUGCCCUUCGUAACUUGAUGAAUGGUGGCACUAAGCCGUACUACAUCACUGCGGCGCCUCAAUGUCCUUACCCCGAUGCCUAUAUUGGUACUACACUGGACCAGUUUGGAUUUGACGCCGUAUAUGUCCAGUUUUAUAACAACUGGUGCGGUUUGACGAAUUAUAACAACUCCAACGCCUGGGACUUUGGCACAUGGGAUAACUGGGCAAAGACGGUAUCCCCUAAUCCAAAUGUCAAAGUCUACAUUGGUGCCCCGGCAUCAACGAGUGCAGCCGGGUCCGGAUAUGUCAGUCCAUCGACGUUUACCUCAAUUAUCCAGCAAACGAUGGCCCAAUAUUCAUCCUUCGGGGGCGUCAUGCUAUGGGACGCGUCUCAGGCGUACGCAAAUAGCAGAUAUGACGUAUCUGUCAAGAAUGCACUAACAGGUGGUACAUACACCCCGACGACGACGGCGACGACGACUAGUACUACUACUACGAUGACCACUAGCACCAGCACAACGACAACGACAACACAGACCACUACCACGACUAGCACAAGUGCUUCUCCCACAACGACAUCUGGGACCGUAUCCUGCUCCGGUGUGGCAGCAUGGCAAACCGGUGUUGCUUAUGUUGGAGGCGACGAAGUCACAUACAGCGGGGACCUCUGGACUGCGAAGUGGUGGUCGGAGAAUGAUGUUCCGGGUGGUUCUGCCGGUGACUGGACGUACGACGGUGUAUGCUAAUAGAACUCAUGACGAUUCUACCUCCGUGGGAUUUUUUAGAUUUAGAUAUUUCUGCCGUUGGCAGACUACUCGAUCCCAGAAGAGCCCGAAUUCUUUUUAUGUACAACAAAUAUGUAUGCUGUGGUCGUGUCCUCGUACCAGUAGAUUUCAACAUUGAUUCAGUUCCCCACUAUCUCUUGCUGCUCUGGAC